AUAAAAUUACUAAAAUAUUUUAUUUUAUUAAUACCAAAAAGGCAAAAAGACAAUAUAAAACACUUGCGAGUCCACUUUAGCAAAAUAUUCACACCCACACAUUAUACCCCUGACAAGUGACGACACCUUUUUCACAAAAGGGCAAAUCAGUCAUUUCACACCAGUUUCCGAUAUAAACCAAAGAGAUCUCAUCUCACCAUCUAAGUAUUGACUCCAAGUCUUAAAAAUUACAAGAUGAAGUAAAAAUGCUAGAUCCAGGUAUGGAAUUGCUUCCGCCACUCUCCUCACCAACAAUCUCUUCAAUCUCAUCUUCCGAUCUCGACACCGAGUCCACCGGCUCCUUCUUCCACGACCGGAGCACAACCCUAGGCACUCUCAUGGGCGUCGCCACCACGUUCCGCGUCCCGUCGCAGCGCCGCGACGGCACACCAACCGUCACACUCGGAUCUGCUCCGAGCAGCAACGGCAGGAGACGGCGGAACAGGAACAAUGCGGUGGAUCUGGUCUCCGAACGGCGGCGGAAGCGGUUACGGCGGAGGCGGUGGUGGUGGCUGUGCAGCGGCGAGGAUCUAAAACCGUCGUCGCUUGGUGAGUUUCUGGAGGUUGAAAGGCGAUUUGGUGAAGAGGCGUUGUUUGGCGGUGAAUCGGUGAUGAAUAUGCCGGUGGCGGUGGAGGAUCGGAGUAACGGUGGAACGUUGUUUGCUGAUGGUAGGGUUUUACCGCCGCCGCAACGGCAACAGGAAACGGCGUCGUCUGAUGGUGGUGAAGGUACGAGUACGGCGGCAUCUGUUUGUUCUUUGUGUAGGUUUUCGGUUUCGUUGGCCGGAAUGUGUAGUGGUGGUGGUGGAUGAGAGAUUUGGUGGUGAAAUUGUGUAUUUAGGUAAAUAUGAGAUUGUUGUUGCAAUUGAUUUGAUCAAUGAAAUGACUGAUUGCUGAUUUGCUUGCUUUAGAAUAUGCCCUAAUUUCACUGCUUGCUUUAGUAAA